CUGGGAAAUAUAUUCUUAGAUAAAUUUUAACCAUGAGCGACCUAACGGAGGAACAGGUGGCCGAGUUCAAGGAAGCCUUCACUCAGUUUGACACGGAUGGAACCGGCAAGAUCUCCACCCGGGAGCUGGGGGCUGUGAUGCGCUCACUGGGCCAGAACCCCACAGAGACCGAGCUGCAGGACAUGAUCGCCGAGAUAGACAACGACCCCAAUGGCAUGAUGGACUUCAACGAAUUCUGCACAAUAAUGGCCAAGCAAAUGCGCGAAACCGACACCGAGGAGGAGAUGCGCGAGGCCUUCAAGAUCUUCGACCGCGAUGGCGACGGAUUCAUUUCGCCGGCUGAGCUGCGGUUCGUGAUGAUCAAUCUGGGCGAGAAGGUCACUGACGAGGAGAUCGAUGAGAUGAUCCGCGAGGCCGACUUCGACGGCGACGGCAUGAUCAACUACGAGGAGUUCGUUUGGAUGAUUGGUCAGAAGUAGUGGGCCAAUUCAUUUUAUCACAUUUUACCGAAAUAAAACUUACGCAAGGUCAUAGU